AGAUGUGGGGAGUGUGGGAAGAGCUUCAGGCAGAGCUCCAGCCUCUGCAUCCACCAGCGCAUCCACACUGGGGAACGGCCCUACAUGUGUGGGGAAUGUGGGAAGAGCUUCACUGACAGCUCCAACCUGAUCCGACACCAGCGUAUCCACACCAUGGAACGGCCCCACACGUGUGGGGAAUGUGGGAAGAGCUUCAUGCGAAAAUACCACCUCUUCACCCACCAGCGCUUGCACACUGGGGAACGGCCCCACACGUGUGGGGAGUGUGGGAAGAGCUUCAUUGACAGCUCUGGCCUCCAUGUGCACCGUCGCAUUCACACCGGGGAACGGCCCUACAAGUGUGUUGAGUGUGGGGAAAGCUUCAGGACCAGCUCCAGCCUCCGCUCUCACCAUCUCAUCCACAGCGGGGAACGGCCCUACAAGUGCUUGGAAUGUGGGAAGGGGUUUCAGACCAGCUCAGAUCUCUUGAAGCACAAGCCGACACACACAGGGGAGUGGGCCUUCCACUGCACCUACUGCGGGAAGGGCUUCAACCAGAACUCCACCCUUGUCAUACACCGGCGCAUCCACACUGGAGAGAGGCCCUACAAGUGUGGGGAGUGUGGGAAAAGGUUUAAACGCAGCUCACAUGUCAUCCAGCACCAGCGGACACACACGGAUGAGAGGCCCUUCCGCUGCACCGACUGCGGGAAAGGCUUCAACCAGAACUCCGCCCUCGUCACCCACCGGCGCAUCCACACUGGAGAGAGGCCCUACAAGUGUGGGGAGUGUGGGAAAAGCUUCACCGACAGCUCUGGCUUGACCCAACACCAACGGACCCACCAGUAAGGGAAGCCCCGA